AUCCUUUUUCGCAUUCCACAUCUCUGCUCUUCUUCUCCUUCUCCCCGUCUCCCCUACUCUACAAGACACCCCCCACCUUCCUCUCCAACCUUCCCAUGUUGCGGUACUGUCUCUAAGAAGAAGAAAAAAAAGAAUUAGAAGAACAACUGCUGUCAAAACGGUUGAUACCCGGCAGUAGUUCUAGGGUUGCAGUGAUGCCGGGACAACGUAAAUUUGCUGUUGGAGGGUCUGAAGAGGCCACACACCCUGAUUCCUUACGAGCCGCCUUGGCCGAGUUCGUCUCCACCACAAUGUUCGUCUUUGCUGGAGAAGGCUCUGUCCUCGCUCUAGGUAAGUUAUACGGAAUCCCUGGAGUAAGCUCUGGGUCUGGACUGGUGGCAGUGGCGCUGGCGCAUGCGUUCGCCCUCUUCGUGGCCGUGUCGAUUGCGAGUAACAUAUCCGGAGGUCAUGUCAACCCGGCUGUCACUUUGGGUGCGCUCGUGGGCGGACGGAUCACGCUCCUGCGCGCCUUGCUCUUCUGGGUGGCUCAGCUUCUAGGAGCGAUUGUGGCAGCUCUCUUGCUAAGGUUCACAACGGAUGACAUGAGACCAGUCGGGUUUGCGGUGGGACCUGGCAUUGGGCAAUUGCAUGCGCUUGUUCUUGAGGUUGUGAUGACUUUUGGGUUGGUUUACACUGUUUAUGCAACUGCCUUAGAUCCCAAGAGAGGUCCUCUGGGCACCAUCGCGCCGCUGGCCAUUGGUCUCAUCGUGGGUGCUAACAUACUUGCUGGAGGACCCUUUGAUGGUGCGUCCAUGAAUCCAGCCCGCGCCUUCGGCCCUGCGCUUGUUGGGUGGCAUUGGAAAAACCACUGGAUCUAUUGGAUAGGACCCCUCGUCGGUGCAGCAUUAGCAGGUCUCGUGUAUGAGUUCGUAAUGAUCCCACAAGCCAACCCACAUCCACAUGCUCACCAGCCCUUGGCCUCGGAAGAUUACUAGUGAAUGAAUGAUGCAUUCUGUUUACUUUUCAGUUCCCUCUGUUUGUCUUCUAGAGUAUGUAUUUACGUCUCUGAGACUGGUGAGUUGUAAACUGUAAUAAAUGCCAGCCUCCUUGUCUUCUUUUAUGGUCGGGUGUUUUGUGUGUCUACUUGGUCUCAGGUAUAGAGAGAGAGAGAAAGAGAGAGAAUUCCAUGAAAAAUUACUAGGAAACAUUGAGGUAAUAUCUUUUAUUAGAAGAUUUUAGCAUCUAUGAAUCAAAUAAACCAGUUUCGGACUU